ACAAAAGUAUAAAAGCAAUAUACCGAGUUGAUUUCAAAAUUAGUUUUGAAAUUAUAACAAAACUUAACUAACAAUGAGGGCAUUUGUUGCUGUUUUGGCUGUUGCCAGUCUUUUGGCUACAGCUAAUGCUGGCUUUUUGGGAUUAUUAGGUGGUCUUAAAGGAGGCCUCGGUGGAGGUGGUGGCGGCUAUGGCGGUGGUGGUGGCGGUGGUUAUGCCAGCAGCUAUAGUUAUGGUGGCCAUGGCGGUGGUGGCGGCGGCUACGGAGGUGGCGGCUAUGGAGGCGGUGGCGGCUAUGGAGGCGGUGGCGGCUACGGAGGUGGCGGCCAUGGUGGUGGUCAUGUUGAUGUAUACAAAAUUAUAACUACUACUUCUCACGGAGGUGGCGGCUACGGCGGUGGUGGCUACGGAGGUGGUGGCUACGGAGGUGGCGGCUACGGUGGUGGCGGCUAUGGCGGUGGCGGCUACGGUGGUGGCGGUUAUGGUGGCGGCCAUGGUGGCGGCUACGGUGGUGGAUACGGUGGCGGCCAUGGUGGUGGCGGUCACGUCGAUGUCUACAAAGUCAUUACAACUUCUGUUGGUGGCGGCGGCUACGGUGGUGGAGGCUACGGUGGUGGCGGUCAUGGUGGCUGGAGUGGUGGUGGCGGCCACGGAGGAUGGUAAAAGACCACUUCUAGUUUAACUAGUUUUAGUAGUUAUAACAAAUAAGACAGACGAUAAUUAAAACCAAUAAAGCUCAAUCAUUGCCUAAUUAACACAAAAUUUCAUAUAAA